UUUGCAUCGUGUAUUUUUGGUUAGUUAUAACCAAUGCGCACGUGUCAUAUUAGGCAUUGCCUUCAGUAUCCCAGCGUCCAUCUGACAAGUAAUGACUUAUAAACGAAAGAAGUACCACCGUGGUGAUACCCACCUUCAGAGAAGGUGGCGCACAAGUAAUAGGACCAAGGAUCUUGAUCAGAUUAAUCAAGACUUGAAAGAAGAAAAUGUUGAAAAAUUGCUCAACCAAGAAGUAGAUGCUGACAAACCAGGCAAAGCCCAGUUCUACUGUCUUCAUUGUGCGCGCUAUUUCAUUAAUGAUCAGGCAUUGAAUGAGCAUUUCAAGACAAAAGUUCACAAGCGUCGCAUGAAGGCACUUGAGACAGAGCCUUAUUCUAUUGAAGAAUCUGAAAGAGCUGCAGGAUUAGGAAGUUUUGUAACAGCCAAGAAGCGUAAAAUUGAGACACAGAAGCCUAUUGUUGAAGAAGCAAAACGUGUCAAGAUUGAUGAAGAUAUAGAAUCUGAUUAGCUUCUUAAGUGAUAUAGGUA